UUGGGCGGAUGGCAGAAAAAAACAGGGUGAGCGCUGAUGGAGAUAAAACGGCAGGGCGUGCGUUCGUCGCGUGACACCGCGGAUAUCGGUCAAAAACAACUGUAAAGUCAACCCAUUCAGACGAGUAACACGGGGAGAAGAAGAGGAUGUUUUAUCCUGGUUUACCUUGCCCUUGAAUGAAGAAAAGGAUUUGCCUGUGAAUGCCAGGUGUAGCAAACCUACCUCUACCUACCACACCUUCUCUUCAAAUAUCCUCAACCAGUGAUGGUAAGAGAAGAAACAACUGGUCACCAGUGCGUUUAUAUCCCAGCACCAUAUUCAACUCAACAUUCCACUGUAUCACAAUGAGGUUUCUGCCUGGUCUGUGGAUAAACAGCUGCUAAUUUGCAUGCCGCAGAGUGUGAGCAGAUUUGAGAUGAGGAAACAGCAGCAGGCUCACAUUGAAGGACCCCCUCAGGCCCCUGGGCACCCGAGACCGAACACCUGCUGUCUGUGCUGGUGCGGCUGCUGCAAAUGCCUCUGGAAUGAAGAGCGUAGAGAACAUCCUGAGCGGCAAACAUGUACAAAAAUGGACAGCAUUGAAGCGACAGAAGAACAGCGUCCCACACUGGAUGAAGUUGUAGCCUGGGCACGAAGCUUUGAGCUCAUGAUGCGCUCCACAGAGGGCAGAGACAUUUUUAGGCAGUUCCUCCGGUCGGAGUACAGUGAGGAGAACCUGAUGUUCUGGAUAGCCUGUGAGGAAUUAAAGAAGGAGACCAUCCCAGCAGCUAUAGAUGAGAAAGCAAGGAUCAUUUAUGAGGAUUAUGUAUCUAUCCUGUCCCCAAAAGAGGUCAGUUUGGAUUCCCGGGUGAGGGAGGGCAUCAACCAGAGCCUGGCAGAGCCCAGCAGCCUGAUGUACGAGGAGGCACAGCUCCAAAUUUACACGCUCAUGCACAGAGACUCAUACCCACGUUUCCUCAACUCAUCUGUUUACAAGGACCUCCUGGAACAAAAGAGAGCCUGCUUAGACACCUAAAAGGUUACAGCCAAAAACUUGAGACAAAAAAAAUAAGUCCUACGGUGCCACUACAGAAAGGUGUGAGGUUUCCUAUAUAGAGCGAGUAGUUAAGCAAUUCUUACCGUCCAGUAGUGAGCCCGAAGUUCACUUCCUGUUUAAGUGCCAAUAUGAGCUGCUCAGCCAACUGUGACAAAAAGAAUCAUGUAAGGAAAUCCAUCCAAGCCCUACUUCCUGUUCUUUACUACUCUCCUUCCCUCUGUCUGUCUUUCAGUCUCUCUCUCUCUCUCUCUCUCUCUCUCUCUCUCUCUCUCUCUCUCUCUCUCUCUCUCUCCCUCUCUCUCUCUCUCUCUCUCUCUCCCUACACCAGGACAACUGAAUAAUGAUCAUUUUUAUGAUUGGGUAAGAGUUGUUAUAACAGGUAACGCCUGACUUUGCAUGAUACAAGAUUUUGAAAUUGGUUGUAGCUUUGACGUUUAACUCCUGGCAGGACUGCAGUGGUUUUCUAUAUAAGAAAUGUACUUCUUAUGCUGUCAUGAGGAGAGAGCCUUUAAAGCUCUUGUAUGCUAAGGGAAAACAUAGCGUUGCGCAUCUUUCUGUUGGAAGAGUUGCCACCGUCAUCCGUCUGCCCAAAUUCUCGUCCGUCUUAACAGCUUUUUUUCACUGGGAUAUGUAAGGGCUAGUGUUGUGGUUGGGCAGCUAAACAAACCAUCAACAUGACGUUCCACUGCAAAAAUUACAAUGCCUCGAUAUUGAUUAAGGGCACAGAAGCUGCUGAUGCUGACCAACAACCACAGUUAAUUGUGCGCAUGCUCCCAGGCCCUCCCAGUCCACUCGUCCCUGAGAGAAGCACAGGUACUGUAUGUCAAUCGUUGUAAGCAUUGCUGGAUUAAGAGUUUUGCUUGAAAAUAAAUCAGCAACAUCUCAGAGGUACACGAGAGAUUUAGAACUGUCAUUUACAUUGAAAUGCCUUUUUUUAAACAAAAGUCUUAAGGUUGUGAACACUGCCUUGUUUUUAAAGGCAUCACUGUAUUUCAAAUAAUGACUUGUCUUUGUUCAGGCACUGCACAAUGACACAUUUUUCUCAGAGGUGAUGUUACAUAACAUGCUUCUGGUUUUAAUAUAAUAGUUUUUUUGUUUCGUUUUGUUUUGUUUUGUUUUGACUGAUGUGUAUUGAUGGCUAGCUGAUUAUUUAUGUAGGCUUCAUGGACUUGUCUGUACAAAGCUCAUGAAGCGUUUUGAACUAUUGGCCGCUUUGUGGUGAUAGUGUUUUAAAGAGGCCACCAGGAGCAGUGCACAUCCCGUUAGCAUGCGUUUACGUGUCUGAACACGUUCCGAACACACAACACGAAUAACCACUACGGAUGAAAUUGCGCUAAGUGUUCUUAAAAGCGUUUCUAUAUGGAUGAAUCUUUUGUCCCUGAAAAUAGCUGACAGUAUUUUCAGCUGAAUUUUUUCAGAUUAAGACUUGACUGUCAAUUUGAUGAAAAUUUAUUUCCUGUUGCAGUGGCUAGUGCAUGACAAAACCGUAUGUAAAUGCCUGCUUGGUACCACCCCGUUCUCAACUCUUAGCUUUUAAUUAGGAGUAAAUUACGCCAAUAGUUUUCCUUGUUCUACGCUCUUCGAGUUUGAAGGUGGUACUUUGAGAAAAUGGCUUACUAAUAAGUGAGUCUUUGAUCGUUUUCUUUUUUCCUCUUUUUAUUUCGAUGCUUGGAAAAGCAUUUAAAGUGCCAAUCUCUAGAUGUACAAUAAUUCACUGAAGACCUUUGACACUCAACCAGCAUUGCACUGAUGCCAUUUUUAAAAUCACUGUUGAAGCAUUAGUGGAUUCACACAUCAGCAUCAGCCAAUGCGAAGAGAGAUCUAGGUCAGCCUGCGUACCUUUACACAUCAUAAAAUAAAACACACAAAAAAAACCACGUGCAUGCGUUUUGGUCUGCGUUUUGGAGUGCGUUUGUUUGUCACUAACCAUUCAAAAUGUGAACUUGGUGACUCAAAGGCAAUGAGGGAAUUUUACUGAAUAUAUCUUGUGUAUGUUUAUAUAUUAAAAUAAAUAAUACAGCUAGUGUCAGAGGGGCCUGAGAGAUAGUUUAGUGGGAAUCCACGGCAGCGUUGAGUCAUCUUAGGUUAGUACAAGGGCCUCAUAGAAAUCUCUGAAAGUCUGUGGCGAUUGUUUUAAAAAGCCGUACAAGACCACAUUCAGCGUGCCAUUGUAAGCCCUUCUCUUCAUUCAAAACGGUGAUCACUGUUUCGCCGCGAUCAGUGUCGCCAUACGUCAUAGUGUCGGAUUUAAAGCAUGCAGCCUCUUUUACGUUUAAUCCUAAUUGAUUUCCGUUUGUUUUUUUUUGUUUUUUUUAUUAUUAUUAUUAAUGCUGAAGCAUUUGGAAGUCAUGGACUUGAACUGCGUUUACAUUUAAACAGUGUGCCAUGCAGUUUGUGAACACAGAGAUAAAGAAGAUCUGCUGGAUGUUUUCUGGAUACGUCACACAAGAAAUAUUUAAAAGCUGAAAGCAGCCUGCUGCAUAUGUUUAUUUUGGUGUUUAAGCCACACAAAAAAAGGUUAUCAUAUUAAUCCAUGACGUUUUUUUUUUGUUUGUUUGUUUUUUUUUUUUUUAAGAUUCACUGGAAAGAUUUGGUUAGACAAAAACAAUCAGUCAAUGCAAAUGUUUAAAAAUUAUUGUAUUAAAGUUACUGAACAGACAGACUAAGGAUUUAUUCUGAUGUUAUAGCUCCUCAGAUACUCACUCGGUAAUAUCGGAUAUACUAAAAUGUUUCAGCUAGCGAUCGCAUGGGAAUCGAUGCCUGAUGUCAUGGAUUAAUUGACACAUUUAAUGUUUAUGCUUUGGCUUGAUUUUAGCCUGCUAUAGGAGGCGAAGACUUUUUGCUUGAAGGCUGUCUCAGGGAGCAGCCGGUUAUUGACUGAUUGUCGCAAAACUCGGCAUUGUGUGAAACUCUCUGUCUUGCCUGUCUCUCUCUCUCUUUUUUUUUUUUUUUUUUAAACAUACAGAAUGAACUCUUAGAUCACAUGUGAUCAGAGGAGCUUUGUAGUGACUGACACAUCUCGGAAGAAUUUCAUUGAGUUUUCUCUACCUCUCAUGUUGCAUUUUAAUUUUUUUUUUCUUUGUUUUUUUUCUUUACAUUUAGUUCAAUUUGUUUCUUUUGAUCUACUUGAAGCCUAACACUGUAAAUGACAUGUGCACUUGUAUACUGAGGUUUGACAAAGAGUAGCUAUUAUUUGUUGAUUUUUUUUUUUCACUCAGCAUAAUUAGAUUAAGAUUCAGGAAACACACUGUUUAAGGGCUAAUCCCAUUUUGCCUAUGCAAAUAUGUUAAGUGUCAGACCGGGAGCGACGAUGGUCGAGGGACGUUUUACAAGAAAUCGGAUGGAACAUGGUUUACAUUUCCCUUUGCUGAUAUCCUUCAGUCUAGGACAGAAAAAUAUGUUUUGUUGUAUUUCUGUAUAUAAAUAUAUAUAAAUAUAUAUAACAAAUAUAUGAUAA